CUGCGCGUGGCACCGCCCCGCCCUGACGUCUGACGACAGCCGGCAAGGGGCGGGCGGGCUCUGCCUCCUCCGCGCCAGGCCGGCAUGGGCUGGGCUGGGCUGGGCACGGCACCUCCUUCCUGUUUCCGCUCGGCCGGCCGGCUCCCUCCAGGGCUACGGGACCUCGGCGCCCCCUUCUGUCGCUCGGCAGGCCCGGAGGGUGCCCGAGGUGGUGCUGGGCGCCCCGUCGCAGGGUUUUCCCAAUAUAAAAACCAGAAAAAUGUUUGAUAUUAAGGCUUGGGCUGAAUACAUUGUGGAGUGGGCUGCAAAGGACCCAUAUGGCUUCCUUACUACAGUGAUUUUGGCCCUUACACCGUUGUUCAUAAUCAGUGCAGCACUUUCAUGGAAGCUUGCAAAAAUGAUUGAGGCCAGGGAGCGAGAGCAAAAGAAGAAACAGAAACGCCAAGAGAAUAUUGCAAAAGCCAAACGAACAAAGAAGGAUUAAGUGGGAAAGUCGAAAAGCCCUUCCUUAUGCAAAGAAUCUACUUUAAAAAUGAAACUCCCGUACAUUUUGUGUUGUAACUGUCCUUUGAUACUUGAUCUGGUUAUUUCUUGAAGUAUGAAAUUUAAUCCCUUCAAUGUAUUUUUUUCUGCUGAGCUGAUUUUUGUUUGCCCAAGUGACACUUGUUACAAUCAUUUAAUCUACCGUUUGUGUUUCAGUGCAGGUUGCUUUUUUAAAUUUGCAUGUUGAAUUAAAAAUCAAUCUGUUGGGUGGCUCUAGAGGUAGAUUAUUUUUUUUCCUUAGCUAAGCUAUGACUUAACAAGUGUCUUAAAACUGUCAAAUUAUGGGGAAAAUGUGAACAGUAAACUGGAUUACAGAAGGGCAAGUUUUGGUAUACCUUCAGCAGAGCUUCAGAGUUAGGUAGCAAUACCUUGCUGAUUUCCUUUAAGGAUGCUGUGCAUGGCCCUGUGGUGCUCAUUCAGCUGCAUGUCCACAGUGGCUGCUGCAGUAUCUUUCGUGGUGGGGCUUGUCUGCAUAAAGAGCCAAACUUCCUGUUUCCUGUUUCCUGAACUACCAGCCAUCAAUGGUCUUGAAAUUCAGCCCAGAUUCUAAGAAACUGAUGGAUUGUUCUUAUUCCCUUCAUUGUGUGAAGCCACCCAUACACUAUGUUUUUUGGUUUUCCCCUAACAAUCACCUGAACACUCCACCUGUAACUAAGUUGUUUCUGCCUUCAGAAACUUUUUAUGCUUCAAAAAAUAGUCAUAAACAGGGUGAGACCAAAGGCCCAGGUGGCCUAGCAUGCUGUGUCCCAGUGACCCAUAGCAGGUGGCUGUGGGGGGAGUACAGGAGGAGGAUGCGUGUGCUGGUGACAGUAGUUCUUCCUACUUGCUAACCUUCUGGCUACCUUUGAUUUAGGACCUCCUGGGUUUAGGUGGGAUCUUUGUUCUCAUGGCCCUUGAAACUGCUGCCUUCCAGGCUGCGAGAUACUAGCAUACUGGAAAAAGUCCAAAUGGGGAUUGUGUUGUAAAUAUGCCAAAAUUAUUUAACCUUGAUUCCAAUUCAUGUUUUUCUAACAAGUGGUUAAUUUUUCAAAGCCUAAUUUUUAUUAAUAGUCUAGUUCUCAAGAGUUUGUAGCAGACAUCAAGUUUUCAGACUCAGCAUCUUUGUAAACAGCAGCACAGGCUUGUGCUUUCUAGCAACUUGUCCUUCACUGUAUUCAAAAAUAAAAGCUUAAAAUAAUACCAGUGUUCAAAUGUGGAAACGGAUAGAGCUGUCUUAUACCAAAGGGGAUGAGAAGUGGGGAGCCUAACUGAAAUGACUUAAAGUAAAUGUGAAGAUUUUCAAUAUUAUUGGUCAAAGCAAACAGCAUUAGAAUAUGAUAUUUUGUCAUUUUUAAAACACAUGGGAUCAAGUCUCCAUGUUUUUUUCUCAAGUGUUGUCAAAUGUGUACAUGUUCCACCUUUGUUACCUACACAUCUUAAAAGACAUGGAGGAGAACUGAUGAAGGAUGUACUGCAGAAAUAAAUUUGAUACUUUUUUCAAAA